AAGACCGUGGGGGCAAAUUUGAGCUGGACCUAACGCCUCCGUAAAAGGUUAGUCUUCAGUAAUAAGGAUAGUAGGUUGAUAAACCUGUGUUAAUCCUGACAGAUUUCCUUCCAGUGAAGAUCCAGCUUCUUUUUGAAAAUGUUCACUGAUGGUGCUGAUACCACUUGUUCUGGUAAAGCGUUCCAAUCAUUGACCACUCGAUGAGAAAAACGGGACCCCACCUUUAGUUUAUUAGAUCGUGGUUUCAGAACCUUCUUGCUAUGACCCCGGAGAUUAUUAGUGCUGGAGGGAGCAAAAAGAUAAGGCAUAUUAACACCCAAAUCAUAAUUAAAGAUACGAAAUGCCAGUAUAAGGUCACCUCGCGUCCUACGAUAAGAUAAGGCGAAAAGAUUUAGACGUUUUAAGCGCUCAUCGUAAGGGAGUUUAGAAAGACCCUUUACUAAUUUUGUCCCUACACGCUGGACACGCUCAAGCGAUUUAGUAUCCUUUAUCAGACAAGGGCUAGCUGCUUGGAUACAGUACUCUAAGUGUGGCCUUACACAGGUGGGAUAUAAAAUUCGAAACAUCUCCUCGUCAAAGCAUUUAAAUGCUCUGCGAAGCGACCAUAGCGCGAUAGCCUUUGGAAGCAACCGCAUUGCAGUGCGUAGUAGUUUUUAAGUCGUGACUUAUAAUUACUCCUAAGUCUUUAUGCGCAUGAACGCGUGGCAGAGAUGUACCAUUAAUGGUAUAGUGGUAACUAAUAUCGUGCCCGAUGUGCAUGAACACGCUCUUCCUGGAAUUAACUUCCAGGCCCCAAUCAUGAGCCCACCUAACUAGUUCGUCUAAAUCUGCUUGCAGAUAACAACGAUCAGUCUCAUUUCUUAUUGUUCUCCAGAUUUUAACAUCAUCCGCAAACAAUAACGUCGACGACUUAAGUAAUAGAGGUAGUUCAUUAAUAUACAGAAGGAAAAGUAGAGGGCCUAAGAUGGUGCCUUGGGGUACACCACUUUUGACCGGUUUCCAUUCGGAUAGCGUUCCAUUGACCCUUACUCUCUGUCUGCGGUCACAUAAGAAGCUUUCUAUCCAUUCCUAUAUAGCACCUGUUAUUCCAAAGCUCGAGAGCUUUUGCAUAAGACCUAAGUGUGAAACCUUAUUAAACGCUUUGUUAAAAUCUAUGAAUAUCACGUCGACAGACUGGUCGCAAGCACAUUAUAUUCUCCUUGAAAGUACUGAAGUCCUUGAACUUUCCACGUUUUAAAGUGUUAAUCAAGAAACUUGAUAUGUUAUUUAUGUAUCAAAAUAAUAUUUUAUGUUUAUUUACCAGGACUUCUAUAUCUGCUUGUUUUUGUAUGCAUUGUUCCGAAAUUGACUUUAUUUACUUCAGUUGAAGUCAUCCACAACCGCCCGAUUUUUUAUGAAGAUGCUAAUGAUUUUUCCAAAUUCACUGGAAGUUCUAGGAGUAAGCCUCAAAACCAGUGUAGGGCCAAUCGGUUGUCCAUUAGCAUUGUAGUACUAUUUGACAACCAUUAAAAUGUGAAUUUCGAGACGCAUGAGCGAAACGUUUCAAUAUUCCCUUUUAACGGGCAGAAAUUUGAUUCACAGAUUUAAUGUCAUCUGAGUUCACAUCAAAUUUUCUUGAAAAAUGACACUUUUAUUCCCCUGAAGUUUACAUUUAUUACGUCUUUCUUUGUCUGAACAGACACAAGCUCGUUAAUUGAGAGCCUUUCCUAUUCAGUUCACAAAUAUUUGGUUGCCAUGAUUAUUGUGACUGUUUUACUCCAUAGUCUCACCAUGGUUAUUUGCCAAAAAUAAGCCUUCGGCAUUCGCAUCCUAGUACAUAUUUAUUGACUUAGCUUUGAUUCAUACCUAGCAUCAGGGAUAGUUUAAUCAACUGUUUGAUCAAAGUAAAAUGGAUGAAUCAGGGUUCAAACCCUCAGUCAAUGACCAGUGGUUUUCUGUCUGACGGGUUACGUAUGGUGGUUGUUCGAAAUAUCCACACUUCAGUAGUGUCCCUUAAUAUAUGACUAACUACAGUCAUGGUAUAUCCUUAUACGAACAGAAAACUAACAAGUAAUGGGAGCAAUUCAAUUUAGUGAUAAAUUUCUUGUUUUAAUGUCUGUCAAGUGUUGGGCUCCACCUUCCACUUGUGGCACAUAAUCUUACCCACAUGAAACAGAAAUAAGUUCCGAACCUCAGAGGCGUUGUGUGCCCAAGAAACCCUCCCAUGGGAGAUUGUCGUUUAUUAUCAACUUACAUAGUAUUACUCUACUUAUAGAUACUGUUAUUUGCAUGUUAAUCUGUAAUUUGUGGGGUUCCAUAACAGUUUCUCUUUGUUGAAGGGAAAUGUUAAGUACCGGUUUAUCGUACUAUGUUGAAAAGUGUGAAAGCAAUCUGAUGUAAUUUAUUUACAUGUUUAUUUGCUUAGCUAUGAGCUACAACAUCCGUGGCAUUCUCUCUAAUGCUAUAUUUCAGUUUUCAAGUGUUUGCUUAGUUUCCAAAAUUCUGUGAUAAUCAUACAUUCCUGAUAAGUUUUUCCAGUAAUGAUUCUGUUGGGAUCCUCAACAUAGUUGAAGUUAAUAGGUUUUUUUAUGACAGCAUAAUCAUAGGUUUAACAUUUAUGUUGGAUAAGUGUUUCGAACUUUUCACUAGUUUAGUAGAUAGUAUAUAUUUCUAUCUCGUGAAAAUUGACUCAUAUGGGAUGAGUUAUGGUAAGUAGAUUGAUUUCUUGUGAAAAACUGCGAAGUUACAUUUCUUGUUAUGUGCGUUUAACUAUUGGUGCGUUACAAAGUAGUUACCUAUAGUGGUUAAUCUGUAAGGUCAUUCACUGAAAGUAGAUUACAUCCGAAAUAAAAGUACUUGUUUUGAUUUUAGGAUGAAUGUAUUGCAGUUGGUUAAACAAAUGGAUACUCUUUCACCGAGAAUCCAAGCCUUGUUAAAAGAAAGUAAUUGUCUCAGGUGUAAGGAAGGCACAAAUAAUGAAUCUCCAUUUUCCCGAGAUUCCUUAAAGGCUAGAUUGAGUGAUCUGGAAUUCCGUGUAACACAGAACAAAGAAACGGAAAAGCCUUUUUCAGGGAAAUACGUUAAUGAGAAAUCACCUGGAAUAUAUAAAUGUGUUGUCUGUAGCUCAAAACUGUUUAGCAGUGAAGCGAAAUUCUUCUGUAGCUGUGGCUGGCCUGCAUUUAACAGUCCUAUAGAGUGUAACUCCUUAAUCUUAUCCAUUGAUUUGUCAUCAGGUAUGUCCUGGAUAAUUCAUCUCAUUAUUGUUUGCCGAGAUAACUUAUGUACUAGGCCAACCAAAAUUGAGAUACUACGCCCCCAAAUUUCCUGAUACGACCGAGGGUGAGAAGAUUCCGGUCUCCGUCCCGAAACGCUCUUACAUGGCCACGCGUAUACAGCCACUGCCAGGGAAGUCCUACUCACUACCUUCUCGCGGCAUUACUGUUGCUUACGAAAUUGAGAGGACGAAAAGCAAAUGUCCGACACUUUAACCGGGUUGAUGGAUGCGGAGGACCCACCCGAUGGGAGUUGAAAGACCCUAACUCCAAACCAGGGAUUCACAAGAGCUCCAGGAUCCUGGGAGAACAAAUGGUGUGUGAACCUAUUUUUGGUCAUCGGCUACCAUGGAACUGCAUCUUCUAACGUUGCUCCACUGCGUUGUGGAUUAGACCUGUAGGUCAAUGGCUUUGGAAGUGAUCCCCUGAGAAAACCACUUGUUUCGAUUUGGGGUCCCGAGUAGUAUUCCAGCACUCACACAAAUUGAAUGAUUCGUGUGGAGCAUACAUAUUUUGAGCCUCCUUGUACGAAUGUCUACGUGUUUAAAUAAAUAAAUAAUAAAACGUGAAAGAGAAAACUCUUCACCUCUAAGAAUUUUGCCUGUUAAUUACCUAUAAAUGUCUUUCAUGUUUAAGUUAUUUUAAACACGGGAAAUCGAAUAUCAUCAGUACUCAAAGCAUCCCUAAAAAUAUUGUCGACAAUGAUUAGUAAUUGAGCAAAAUGUUGAAAUGCUAAAGGAAAAGUCCGAAAGCAAUUAUGUAUUUCUAAUAACACCGAAUUACAAAUUUUCGAAGUUUGUGCUUAAACAAGUUUCCGAAUUUUUACUGAUUCUAUUCUUAACAGACAUACUAGGUUUAAUAAAGCGUAAAAAAAACUGUUCUCAGUUUAUAUAGUAACAAUUAUCCUAAACAAAUGACACGGUUUGUUAUCAUCACUGGCUCACUACUUUUUCAUCUGUAAUCCAGUGAUCGAUUAACUGGACACUCAACUGCCUUGUUACGAACCCGCAUUCAUGUAACGUAGUUUGGUGUAAGUUUGGCAUCCCAAGUACUUGCAUAAAUUGAUCUAACGUUUAGCUACUUUGAUGGAUCAUAUUCAGUUCCGAUUAUACUGUUUCAAAAUUUAAUAAGUAUGAUAAGUUUCUCGUUUACUCUACUGUCCUUAGAAUGUUGGUGAAAAUCCAUUCCGUUGCUUUUAUGAAAGCAUAUUAUUCCGUACUAUAUGAAGGGACAACUAUUUGAUGGGCAAACUAGAAUUAGUGUUCAUAAAGUGUAUUUCUAUAUUAAAUUAGUUAACCUAAUUACACAACUUGUGCAAGCCUGGUGUAUUCUUUUCAAAUAUAUGAUUUAAAUACCAACCAUUAAAUACAGUAUUAUCACAAUCUGGUAUGCGCAAAUUUUCGAAUAUUUUACUAGUCAGCUUCUUCUUUUCUUCGUCCUCUAAAUCCUGUUUCUCGUAAAUUCACUAAACUUUACGUGGAUGAAUAAGACUAAUAUUGUGUAGAGCAACAAGAUGGCUUCGUAUUACAAAAUUAGUGUUUCGAAAUUCUGUAACUGACAUUUUAUUUUAUAAUUAUACGUUUUUAUGUAUACAAAUGACGUAAGUUUUAAGCUGUUAACUUGAGUAAUUAGUAACCCUUUUGACACAUGUAGAAAAGAAUUGUGUAUUUUUACGCCAUAAGUUUCUCGAUUUGUUCGGUAUUCCUAAUAUUCAACAAUUCAUCACUUUUAAUGUAUCCAAGACAUUUCGGUUUUCGAUUUAUUUUUUAGGUGAAGUCCGUGUAGAAGUUUCUUGCAAGGGAUGCAAUGCUCAUUUAGGACACGUGUUUGACGAUGGCCCUAAACCUACAGGUCUCCGUUAUUGCAUUAAUUCAUGUGCUCUAAUUCUUGAUUCUGACAUUAGUAGUUCAUCGGAUUUAAAUUUGCCAACUGCUUGAUAUUUUGUUAGUCAAAUAUAAUGAUGUCAAUUUUACGUAAGCUAGAAUUAUCCUAGCGUUGCAUUUCUAAUCUCAUGCUUUUUCCCAAAGUCUUAUGAUGAAACUUUGUGAUGCUUUCUCACUUUCGUUUUACUUUUCUAAUUUGUAUUUCUUGUUUUUAUUUGAAUUUAUAAAAGUCGUUUUCUAAUUUUUAAAUU